AGCAAAGUGUGCUUAGCUAUUUUUUGUUUGAGUUAAACUAUUGUUAUUUUUGUUGAACUCAGCAAUUGUUAUGAAUACACAAUGGGAUGUUAAAAAUGUGUGCCCAGCCAUGGAGUCGACCGAUAAGAACAAUGCUAUAAAGCUCUUUGUGGGGAACCUGGCGUUGGACACCUCUCAGGAGGACCUGACACAGCUCUUUGGACCAUACGGACAGGUGGUCACCUGUAGUUUACUCAGGCAGUUUGCCUUCAUCCACCUCCAGGGAGAUGGUGCUGCUGAUCGAGCCAUAAGAGAACUGAAUGGACGGGAGUUCCGUGGCCGCAACCUUGUGGUUGAAGAGUCCCGCGGACGGCCCCUGAACUCCACCAAGGUGUUUGUUGGGAACCUUAGUGCCAUGUGUUCUGCUGAGGACCUACAGGAGCUCUUUCAGACCUUUGGGAAAGUUCUGGAGUGUGAUAAGGUCAAAGCGAGGCUCUCUUCCUCGGCGGGCUAUGCCUUUGUGCACAUGGAGCGGAAGGAGGAUGCGCUGCAGGCUAUCGAGGCCCUCCAUGGUACCACCUUCAAAGGCCGACCGCUCUCUGUGGAGCUCUCCAAUGUGCAGCCCAGUAAACCCACCACGACUACAGCCAAGGUUCCCAUCAUGAGUCACUAUGCCACUGAAAGCCCCUCCAUCAACCCUCAUAUGGAGCACCACCAGAGUCAGGCUGCUGUACUGGCUGCUGCCGUCGCUGCAGCUGCAGGUCUGCCUCUUCAGGUGCAGCAGAGCUUGCACAAUUCUGUCUACAACACAACGAGCUUUGAUCCCACCUACGCUGCGCUAAAGGGCAUGACGGCAGCCAGCGCCACAGAUGGUACUCCAGUGAGCCCUGCGGUGUACGGUGCGCUCGCCAGCCAGGUGUACGGCUCUGUAGCGGAUCAGGUAUAUGACUCUAUAGCCAACCAGGCCUCCGCCUAUCAGAAUUCAGCGACACCGGACGCAGCAGGUUACAGUAACCAGUACGGCGGCGCAGCUGGGGAGGCAUCGUCAACCCAGGCAGCUGGAAACCCGGCCUACGGCGGGGCCUCUGCUUUCUACAACGGUAGCUCCGCCUAUGGCUCCACGGGGGGUGCAGACCCCACUGCCCAGGCCAUCUUUGAGGCAGCACGGGCCCGCUUCUUCCAGCAGGGCCAGCAGGUUCUAGCUGAGCAGCAGGCGGGGACUAAGUCAGGGGACAGGGACCGCAGCCCAGUGCGGCGCUCCGCCCCUCUGCUGCCUGACCCCGUGCCCCAGCCCUUUCCCCAGCCACGCCCCAAACGCCGUGCCCUCCUCCCAACGCCACCCGGCCGGCCAGAGGACCCUGCGGCUGCUGACGGAGACCCCAUUGCCAGAUGCUAUGCAGAGUACUAUCAGCAGGUCCAGCAGUACCAACAGUACCAGCAGUACCAACAACAGUACCAACAGUACCAGUAUGGCUACCCACCACCAGCCCCGGCCCAGAUGCCCCCCACGAUGCCCACCCACCAGAUGCCCGUGCAGGCCCCGCCCCCGACGGAGGCCCCGCCCCCAGGGCCUACCACCUACGCCCCAGCUAGAGCGUAUGAGCCACCUUCAUCACACAAGGAGCCCCUCCUCCGCCGCCCUGACUACUCCCACCUCCACAUGCCAGAGCCCCCUUACCGAUAACCCUUUAGAUUGCAGCGUGUGUGUGGGUUUUGAAUGUUGUGUGUGAGAGAGUAGUUCUGGUCCGAAUGUGCAUCACUGCAAAGUGCCCAUUUAUAAGUCCCCUGUUCUGCAGCUUUUCGUAUCUGAACACAUUUCUAACGAGUUAAUUUGACUUUAUUGUAGGCCUGGUCUUGAUAAGAAAGCUGCCCCACAAAACAGUAAUCUGUAUUGGGAAGUCGUUAUGGUAGUUUCUUCUUGCUUGUGUUGCGUACUGGGUGCUCAUUAACGACAAGUAAUCCUUAUUCAUCCCCUACAUUUUAGUUUAGCCAAAUAAAUUCUCAAAUUUGCAAGAAUAUUCAUCCAUACCAGAGGAGUGCCUUGUUAAAAGCCUAGCUGGAUUAUUUAGUAAAAUACAUUUGUGUGUGUGUGUAUAUGUGAGCGUAGAAAGGAAGUGGCCAAAUCAAUCCGUGCAUUUUGUGAGCGGGCCCUUGCCUCUGUCCUCGAGGUGACUUUUAGCUCCUCCAAAUUAACCAUUAGUUCACGUGUAUAGAUGAGAACUUUAAUUUUUCCAUUGGCCAGAUUCCAUUUGUUUUAUUUGUAUUGUCUUCAUCAAAGACUGAAUAUGAAAAGUCAAUGUUCCAAUAGGUUCCAGCGUAAUGUAGAUAUUUGGGUAAUAAAAUGAUUAUUGUGUUUAGCGCUUGUGUUUUUAAAAGAUUUAAAGCAAGGGGCAAAGUAGCUUUACAUAAGGUAAUCUGGACAUAAAGGACCGGUGUGAGUGCAUGUAUGUAUGUGUGGGCAUGUGUAAACCAUCUAGGGUAACAAUAUAAGCGAUUUUGAUAAGUCACCUUUUUAUAACAAUCACAGGAAUAUACACACACACACACACACACAGACCUCAGUCAUCAGUCUUUCUCUCCAUAAAGUGUGGUGCUGGGGCUUUGGGAGAGACACUCGGGCGAUUUACUGCACCGAAAAUGAAAAGAAAAAUUGAAAAACUCACAUUUUCCUUGCACACAGCCAGCCUCUGGGGAAUGUAGUCCUUGCCCGUGUCUCACAUGACCUUCUGUUAGAUCUGAUCAAACCUCUCAGAUAGAAAGGCCAACAAAGCAGACCAUUUUAGUAUCUGACAGUCUAGCUUUAAACUCACAUUUUCUUGGGGAACUAGUUUUUAAUUUGCAGCCUGUGAUACACGAAUGCUUUCCUCUAUUUGUAUUAUACCAUGAAUACUAUCCUAGUGACUUUUAACUGGUUUGACCUCUUGGUCUAAACGUAAAAUGGAGAGAUGUGGCAGGUGCAUGCAGAGGGCUUCCUUCAAGCAUGCCUUUCAGGAUCUGAGGGAAUUCAACUGCCAUUGUGGGCCUCACCUUCUUUCCUCCAAAGGACAAAGACGAGUGGGCUUUUCUCACACACAGUACAUUGUGUGGUUUGACGGGACGAACUUUUGACGGUUUUCUUUUUCUUUGUUUUCUGUUUGGUUUCAGUGAACUUCCUGUGCGAUCGUGGUAGUCGUAUUCUGUAAACGUAUUCGUAUUCUGUUUACUUCAAUUGGACCAUCGAAUUCAGGAAGUGUCUCAAAUGGAAUGUGGAGCCAUUAGGCUCCCCAGGUUUGAGCGAAAAACAUAUUUGUUCCUAUUAUUCAGUACCUAUUGAAACGUUACACUUCUCAAGAUUAAGUAAUGAGAGUGAUUUGGUUGGAGAAUAAAACAGCACAAUGCGACCUGUAAUUUUUCGAAAUUAAAAUGGGAAAUGUUAGCCCCGUCGGCUUAAUUAUUAGACAUGCGAUUAAACUUGCUGUAAAAUCGUUUCCAUGUUUUUUCAAAGGAUUUACUAAUUGUUUCAGUCUUGCACGUCUAAAUAGAAACAGAAGGCGAGAAGUUGCUCCUCUUACAUUCUUGAUUAUUUAAUUUUCUAUGAACUGUGACGAGAUCAUUUUGAACCGGUCUCAAUUGGGCUCUACCACUUCAGUCUUUAUUACACCUACACUACAUGAUCUAAAGUAUGUGGACACCUGCUCGUCGAACAUCUCGUUCCAAAUUUAUGGGCAUUUAAAAUGGAGUUGGUCCCCGCUUUGCUCCUUUAACAGCCUUCAUUCUUCUGGGAAGGCUUUCCACUAGAUGUUGGAACAUUUUCUGCAGGGACUUCCUUCCAUUCAGCCACAAGCGCAUUAGUGACGUUGGGCGAUUAGGCCUGGCUUGCAGUCGGCAUUCCAAUUCAUCCGAAAGGUGUUUGAUGGUUGAGGUCAGGGUUCUGUGCAGGCUAGUCAAGUUCUUCUACACCUAUCUCGACUAACCGUUUCUGUAUGGACCUCGCUUUGUGCACGGGGUCAUUGUCAUGCUGAAACAGGAAAGGGCCUUCCCUAAACUGUUGCCACAAAGUUGAAAGCACAGAAUCAUCUAGAAUGUCAUUGUUUGCUGUAGCAUUGAGAUUUCCCUUCACUAGAACUAAGGGGCCUAGCCCGAACCAUAAAAAAUGGCACCAGACCAUUAUUCCUCCUCCACCAAAAUGUACAGUAGGUACUAUGCAUUCGGGCAGGUAGCGUUCUCCUGGCAUCCGCCAAACCCAGGUUCGCUUGUCGGACUGCCAGAUGGUAAAGUGUGGUUUAAUCUCUCCAGAGAACGUUUUUCCACUGCUCCAGAGUCCAAUGGCGGCGAGCUUUACACCACUUCAGCCGACGCUUGGCAUUGCGCAUGGUAUUCUUAGGCUUGUGUGCGGCCAUGGAAACCCAUUUCUUGAAGCUCCCGACGAACAGAUCUUGUGCUGAAGUUUGGAACUCGGUAGCGAGUGUUGCAAUCGAGGGCAGACUAUUUUUAAUCGCUACGCGCUUCAGCACUCGGCGGUUCUGUUGUGAGCUUGUGGUCCUACCACUUCAUGGCAUUGUUGUUCCUAGAUGUUUCCACUUCACAAUAACAGCACCCACAGUUGACCGGAGAAGCUCUAGCAGGGCAGAAAUUUGACGUACUGAUUUGUUGGAAAGGUGGCAUCCUAUGACGGUGCCACGUUGGAAGUCACUGAGCUCUUAAGGCCAUUCUACUGCCAAUGUUUGUCUAUGGAGAUUUCAUUGCUGUGUGCUUGAUUUUAUACAUGUGUCAGAAACGGGUGUGGCUGAAAUAGCCGAAUCCAAUCAUUUGAUUGGGUGUCCACAUACUUUUGUAGAUAUAGUGUACCUCAGAACAGACAACAAACCUCAUGUCAACCGUGGGUGUUGGGAAGGCCUUCAACUGUCCUUCUGCCAUCACAUGAAUAUUUUUGUAGCCUUGUUCCUUCACAGUAUUUGGAUGUAGGAGUGGGCUGUAGACUACAGUUGCUUACGGAUCGGUUUUGAUUUCUGUUAGGAAAAUAUUGAUUUGUUAUAUAUCAAUGUUUCUGGUUCCCAUGCCAACAUGCACAUUCUAUACUAGACCUGCUUAUUGCACACAUAUUCCUUGAUAUGGCUUUUUUUGUGAUGUUUAAACUGUAGUGCAUGACCUUGUGACUUGUACUGCACUUCCAGCCAUUUUCCCUUCUCGCUAAUUAUUACAGCUAAAAUGGCUCCUGGGCCCCUGGAUGCCAUGUUGCGUGUGACGGGGAAGAGAAUUAGAGUCGCGCAAUGCCGUGGACGCAGUCCCCACAAAGGUAAAGCCCUCUGCCCCCCGACCACGCCUGCACUUCGACCAUACACUUCCCUCAUUGACCCCACUCCUGCACAACGAGGCACUCCAUCUUAUUAUUUCUUUGGGAUGCUGGGAGCCCAAGCCGCCCAGUUGACAGACGUAGGGGCCUGAAUGUCUGGCCAUGUCCCCUCAUUGGAGUCCUAGUAUGGCUAAUAAGGGUUAACUCCACCAGGCACUUACACAAUGUAGCCUUUGCAGACCCACCUGAUCUGGGUUUGAUGUUGGAUGAGCCUAGAAAUCAUCCAGCCUUUCCAUGCCUCUUUCUGAUGCCAUUUUCCAUACGGGAAUUAGAUGACCCAUCCACAGUAGUCAGGUUUUUUUUUAAAUAUUAUUUUCUUUCAUUCUAUUUAUGUUUUUAAAGGAAGUAAUCAGCCAAAUUGAAAUUAGCCACUAUAUAUGUCAUUUCAAUAAACAUUGAAGUAUUCCCUCCAGAUUGAAAUAACCUGUAGUCCCAACAGAUUUAGGAAACGUAUCAUAUUGUAAUUGAGGAUGAUCAGGUUGGGGUUUGCCGGAGUUGUUGCGCAUGUUUGUGUUGUGGCAUAUUUUUCUGAGGUAUUUCCAGUGAGAGGAGACUCUCAAAACUGAGGUGUUCCAGCUGUGCUUUGAGCGGCUAAGGACGCAGUGGUACGCAAAAGGCCAGCUGAACGGAGGGGAGGUAGGGCUAUCGACAACUGUGUCCCACGCAUGUUGGGUGAGUAACCAAUGCACCACUGACCGGCUCAAAUCCACCUAACCACCUAUCCACCCCCCUCUCAAUCCGCAACACAACGCCCAACCCUUAUCCCAUAGCCAAUACAUCUACUGGCCUACAACACCAUGGCCUAGAGAGAACAAUCCACAGCCGCAUUAGCUUAGAAGAUAUGGGUGCCGAGAGGACACCAUUCAGUAUUGUACCUCCCAUGUCUAGUUACGCUGCGAAGUCAUUUCUACAUUUCCUAAUCGCCCUGUUAAAUUGUCUAAUUGCAAUUUGCGUACCUUGAUUGGGAACCCUUAAUGUUAUCUCGUGGUUGAUUUUAAAGGGAUACUUGGGGAUUUUGGCAAUGAAGCCCUUUUAUCUAAGUCCCCAGAGUCAAAUGACCUCAUGGAAACUGUUUUAUGUCUCUGCAUCCAGUAUGUUUCUCGAGCCAAUGCUAGCUAGCGUUGGCACAAUGAACGUUUAUGGUAUCUACUAGCAUGCUAGCAGUUACCAUAGACUUCCAGUCAGCACGCCAAUGCUAGUUAGCAAUUGCACAAACACCAGUUAGCAACUUCCUUCAAACUGCACACAGAAGCAUAAAAAAUGGUAUCCACGAGUUCAUCUGACUGGGAAAGUAGAUAAAGGGCUUCAUUGACAAAAUCCUGAAGUAUGCCUUUAUGAUUUCAUAGGCUGCGUUUACACAGGCAGUGCAAUUCUGAUCUUUUGCCACUAAUUGGUCUUUUGACUGAGGUCUGACAAUCGGACUACACUGUGUACAAAACAUUAGAAACACCUGCUUUUUCCUUGAGACUGACCAGGUGAAUCCAGGUGAAAGCUAUGAUCCCUUAUUGAUGUCACUUGUUAAAUCCACUUCAGUCAGUGUAGAGGAAGGGGAGGAGACAGGUCAAAUAAGGAUUUUUAAGCCUUGACACUAUUAAGACAUGGAUUGUAUGUGUGCCAUUCAGAGGGUGAAUGGGCAAGACAAAAGUUUUAAGUGCCUUUGAACAGGGGUAGGGUAGUAGGUGCCAGGCGCAAGAACUGCCAGUGUGUCAAGAACUACAACGCUGCUGGGUUUUUCAUGCUCAACAGUUUCCCGUGCGUAUCAAGAGUGGUCCACCACCCAAAGGACAUCCAACCAACUUGACACAACUGUGGGAAGCAUUGGAGUCAACAUGGGGCCCGAAUCCCUGUGGAACGCUUUCGACACCUUGUAGAAGUCCGUGCCCCGACGAAUUGAGGCUGUUCUGAGGGUAAAAGAGGGUGCAACUCAAUAUUUGUAAGGUGUUCCUAAAUUAUUUUUGGUGCGCUCAGUGUAUAUCGGCCUACGGUACACCUUGCACAGUUUUGAAUCAAAGUUUCCUCAUCUGUUACAUUCAGGUUCUAAAUCGCCACUAACCACAUACUACUAAACAAUUGUUCUCCACUUCCCCCCUUCUCCAUCUUUUGUGCAUUGGAACUUCUGACAACACAUUUUUACUAAGACUUGUUUGAGCUCAUGUGGAUUAAGACUGAAAAGGAUAUGUAAGAUGAAGCUUUAUUAGGAAUCAGGGAAAAUACGGUUCAUCUGUAGAUUAGGGUUAUUUGUCCAUUACAGAAAAGGAAAUAUACAGGUUGCUGAUUGCGGAACCAUUUAUUUCAAAUCUAAAAAUGAUAAUCACCUGAAAUGUUUUUUCAUUUCCUUUCUGACAUAUUAGAUCAAUUAAGACACAUUGUACCAUGUUAUUUGUAAGACUCAAUAAAUGUACAUUUGAAACGA